AUCACAUCACUUCAAGAGUUUCUCUCGCGCGUUACUCUUGAUCAUGGCGCCUCGUGACACCGGUUCCGCUCGGUUCCCGUGAUGCCCGUGAUGAUGAUGAUGGUGACGGAUGAAAGAUGGAGAAACUAUCCGCGAGCAUUACCGGACUCUCGUGGAGCUCCGUGUCGCUGCCGCUGGACGUGAUCGUGAGCAAAUUCCGCUUACCGACACUCGUGCGUCUGAGCCAGGGUGAGAAUGUGGAAGGUUUGUCGGAGGAGGACGUGAUUCUGCUUCACUCCUGCAGACAGUGGACCACCGUCACUGCCCACAGCCUGGAGGAGGGCCAUUACGUGAUCGGACCCAAAAUAGACAUCCCACUACAGUAUCAAGGGAAGUUUAAGUUAUUGGAUCAGGAUCGGGAUGUCCGAGAGCCGGUUCAGUAUUUCGGAAGCGUGGAGGAAAUCGCAGGAGUGUUUCCUGAUCGAGUGUUCGUCAUGGAGCCCAUCACAUUUAGUGUUAAGGUGGUUUCCGGGGAGUUCACGGAGGACAGCGAGUUGUAUAAUUUCUCUCUGCAGGCGGGAGAUGAACUGACUCUCAUGGGCCAAGCGGAACUGCUGUGUGUCCAAUCAACUCGUGAGAAAUCCCGCCUGACGACGCUACUGCGCCGACUGGGCAAAGCAGGAGGAGCACUGGGACGUCCCGCACGCACGAAAAUGCCUUGUUUAAUAUGCAUGAACCAUCGGACCAAUGAGAGCGUCAGUUUGCCAUUCCAGUGUCGCGGUCGGUUCUGCACGCGUUCGCCGCAGGAGCUUCAGAUGCAGGGCGGCGAACACACCGUACGCAGCAUUAUUGAACGUGUGCGGCUACCGGUGAACGUUUCUGUCCCGUCACGACCUCCACGAAAUCCGUACGACCUGCACGCCAUCCGCGAGGGCCAUCGAUAUAAACUCCUUAGCAUCAUCAGCAAAACUGUUGUUCUCUGCUGCAUACUUCGCAAAGAGGAAGUGAUGCCUUCUCACUUCCUGUUAUUAACGGACAUGCCACGGUUUACACUUCCAGAAGGUCUUUUGCGUGCUGAUGCUUCCUACCAGCAGGUGGUGCUACAGUGCGCACUGCGCUGCCAAGAAAGCUUCGACGCGGACGAUUAUUCGCGUGCCGUACGUGAAGUCAAAACUGAUUUCUCAGAGGAAUGUCUCAGUCCGAGGCGAAUUCGGGUGUGUGUUCAGGGCUACGGGCGUGACGAGUUGGGGACAUCCCUGCAAAGACUGUCUCUGUGUGUGUACGGAGGCGGAGCGGUCACGCACACACACACAAUCUCACACGGCUGCAGAGACUCGCUCGUCGACUCGCACACUCUGCCCUCUAGUGACGGCGAUGGGGAAGAGCGGGAGUACGUCACACCUGAUUGGUCGACAGAGUCGCAGGAGAUUCCUUACGAGGAGCUCUGGACCAAUCAGACUUCUGGAAGCUUUGGAGUGACAUCUGAGAGCGCAGUGAAGGCGGAGCAUAACCUCAUAUCUUUCCAUUCUACCACUACAUCAUUGGAUGGAACGGUAGGCUCCACCCACAUCGCUAUGGUGCAGAUGGACGCAGGAAGAGUGCAAAGAGUAUCAACCCCACCCCCCGUCCCACCAAAAUCUGAAGCUGUGAAAGAGGAGUGUCGCUUCUUAAAUGCUCCUCCAGUACCGCCCCGCUGUGCUAAAGGCCCCACCCCCAGUCCUCCAGUCCCCGCCCGCUUCCCUAAAACUCCUCCCACACAGACGCUCAACCCAAACCUCUCAUUCUAUUCCUCUGGGCUGACAGAGAGCUCUGCUCCUCGUAGUGGCAGCAGCUCUCCAUCACCAGACUCUUACUCUCUGUACUGUUAUCCGUGCACCUGGGCCGACUGCGUGACCUCUGACACCUGCGUGACCCCUGAUCCCACCCAGCCCGCACAGGCUUGUUGGUCCCACCCACGAGGAGGCGGAGCCUACACCUCCAACAUCCUCAACACACCUCUCCUCAGCACUGACUCCGCCCAAAAGAACUACUCUACCUGCACCAGACCACGACCAGUGGCACAAAACCGCUUCGCUCCUUUCGGCGCCCUAAACCCCUUCGCCAAUCCAGGACACACCCACGCCUCCUCUGAUUGGCUCACCACCGGUAGGGACUCUCCCACUCUAAUACCUGACCUCAUAAGCUCCACCCCCAAGGAGACUCAAGCCAAUCAGGUAGCUUUAGAAAGCAGUCCUGAGCCUUUAUCAAAACCGGUCAAAAGUUCAGAAGAGGACACAGUCACUAUAGACUCCGCCUCCGGAACGGUUGCCAUGGAAAGAGGGGCUGAGGGCGGGGCCGGGUCAUCAUGGCGACCUCCCGCAGAGCUCUGCUGGCUCUCGGUGGAAGAGGUUUCAUCCAGUCUGCGGUUUAUCGGCCUUUCGGAUGACGUGAUUGGUGUGUUCAGCCGAGAGAGGAUUGAUGGCUCUAUAUUUACUCAGCUGACAGAGGAAAUCCUGUCUGAGGACUUCAAACUCACUAAACUACAGGUCAAAAAAAUCAUGCAGUUCAUUAAGGGAUGGAGGCCCAAGAUAUGAGAGCAGCAUCUUUGUGAUUUCAUGGACAUUUUUAAUUGUGAUGGACUUGCAAUGUACGGAAGUCCUCGGAGGUCAUGCGUUGUUAUUAUUAGGGGUGUAACGGCACACUGCAGUCAUGGUUUGGUGCGAACCUCAAUUUUUGGGUCACAGUUUGGAACAGGUAUGGCACAACAGGAAUAAUAACAAACUUGCACAUGAUUGGCUCUCAGUAAUGUCAGUUAUGCAGCAGUGGACCAAUUAGAAGAAGGCAGGGUAAGAGUUGCUCGAGCUUCUGUGUACCAAGUUGGCAUGACAACAGCAACACGGCAGAACUAUUUCUGAAUGCUGCAUCUCUUGUUUUCAUACGCAAAUACACAUUCUUUGAAUGGAUGCUAAGUUUUUUCUUUCUAACUUCAGUGACUGGACUGGCUUAUGUAGACUGAGUGUAUUCAUAGUGUGAGUGUAUGAACCGAACCAUCACCACUAUACCGUGACGGUUUGGGAUGAAUACAUAUACUGCACUGUUACACCCCUAGUUAUACUUUUCUUUCUUGAAUUCUCUUAAUUUUCUAGUGAUCUCAAAAUAUCAAAUGUUGUUUUCUUGUGAUCAGAAUUUUUUCUACUUAUUCAGCAUAAGAAGAUGUCCUAGGUCAGUGGUUCUUAGUUUCGGUCCCCAGGCCUCCACCAUCUCACUCCCCGCACAUUUUUCUUUGUCUCUCUUAUUUGACACUAGGCUUGGGCGGUAUCCAAAUUUUGAUACCGUCAAACCUCCUCCCUGCUUUACCUCGGUAUACGGUAUUAUCAUGAAUAAUAAAAAAAUUACUUCGUAAGGCUCAGACAGCGUCACCAAACUGUUGGCUAAACCAUUCAGAAACUGAAUACCAAACACUAAUACUGAAAUGAUAACAAAAUAACAUGCACAACAAUAUUAACAACUUUUUAUAGCAACAAAUAGCAGUUUAUAAAACACUGCUAAUUAAAUUAACAUAAACAUCCAGAACAGUUUUCGCGCAGAGACGCGCACACAAAUUAAUAUAAUUUUAUUAUGUCCUUAAAGGACUUUUUUCCACUGUGUGGAAAGACACCAUUUCCUUCGCCAAGUAUUUUGUCACUGCAUCAGUACAGGUUUUCCAACAGACACUGUCCCUUUUGUACUUUGUUGUUUUCCUGAAGGCCCCCAUUAUCAUCGGCUGCGUACUGGCAGUGAACCUAGAUGUUGUUGGUCCUGUAUUGAGAGGAACUCGGGUCCAUCCUCGCAGCAGUUAAUGCAUGGUAGUUUCGUAUAUGAAACCUUAGGCUUCAGAUAUUUCCAUCUCUUGUGGUCAUGUGCCUUGUUCAUAUUUACAGCCUCUCUAUUCUCAUUCGGUCCAAACCUGAAAUACUGCUAAAUUGCAGAAGUUGUGCUCUUUUUCGAGACCAGGUCACUUGGUACGCGACUCGUCAUCUUUCCCCAUCUCUCUCUUUCUCCUCCACACUGUCCCAUGAUGACAACCAUGCAAACG